AUGUAGCCAUUCUCUCACAAGGAAAUGCGUUAUCUGCCGAAGAAGUCGCUGUCACUGCGCGUUUGUGUAUACCUUUUCUCAAGAGCACUACUGUUUAUACGUUUGAUGGUCACUUGAGAGUUGACAAACCGAGCGAGAAAGUCACUACGCUGGCAACAACACUGCGACGACAGUCAAACUUGCAGUCUGAUUUAGCGGGAAGAUGCCGGCAGCAGAGGAUUUGCAUGGUGUCAACAAAGUUGUGGACAACAUAUGUAGACUGUCUCCAGAUCUCUUAGCUGAAGCAUGUCAGCACAUUCUGACUUAUCUUCAAGGACAGACCAGAGGAGUGGAUUCAGCUGAAAUUUCUGAUAGAUUUCAGAGAGCUGGAGUCAGACUUGAGCAUGAAGCUCUACAGAAUAUUAUCAGAUUUCUCUUGUUAACAUUCAGGUCAGCUGGAAAGAGCAACCUCUGUGGAGAUGACCUCGUGUCGAGACUGGAAAAAGACAGUAACAAGUGGUCCAAAGCUUCUCUUCAGGUGUUGCACAGUUUGUGGGGUGAACAAGGUGCAUUAGUUCAUGCCCAGCAGGAGGUCCACACCAUGCUCAGCAUCAGUCAGUUAGUGGACAUGGAGUGGAAGCUUGGCAUGGCAGUAAGCUCUGACACCUGCCGAUCUCUCAACUCCCCAUAUGUGUCUCUGCUGUUGAAGUUUGUUGAGCCCUCUGGACAGAUUUGUCAGAGGUCUUUUGAAAUGACUAUCCCACAGUUCCAGAACUUUCACAAGCAGUUCAAGGAGAUGGCUGCUGUUAUGGAGACUGUAUGAAGGUUGCAAGCAUACCUGAGUGCGUGUCGCAUUUACAGCCCAGUUUACAUGUAACCAAUGGAAGAACAGCUUUACUCAUUGUUUUGUCUGCUGACUGUCUAAAAAUGUAGAUACAAAAUUACUGCAAAUGUUCUUUGUCACCUUGGUUUGCACUCAUGUUUUUGCAGAGAUUGCAUAAACCUUGGAGUGGUUUCAUUUUAGGACCAGGUGUAGUUGAAAUGCUUGUCUUAUCUUUGAACAUCGUAUGUCCUCCAUCAGAGUCUCAUGAAUCUGAUUUUAGGAAAGUGUACUGUACACUAAAUCCUUAAACCUUCCUGAUGUUCACUUUUUUGCUCUUUUCAAUCUGACACUGAUUUAUCCCUGUGGAGGAUUUGAAAGAGGUACUGUUGCUCUGUAUUCCAUUAUAGGGAGAGGUGUUAUUUACCUUAGCCCAUACUGACAACAAGUGGGUUGGCCAAAAUACUUGUCAGUAUGACGCAAAAGAGCUCAACAUAACCACAAACUAAAAUGCCUAUAAAGUUAAACCAACACCUCUCUGAGACAGUUUCAACAAAAACUGAACAUCAUCAUGAAGGCCAGAUUUAUGGCAGGGUUGUUGUAUUAGACUCCAUUAGCCAGGCGAGUAAGUGAGUGAGUGAGUGAGUGUAUAUCUAUACUGAUAAUACUGUACCUUGACUAGCAUUCAAAAUGUGCCUCAUUUUUAUACAUCACUGAUAUGGUUUAGGUUCCUCAUAGUUUGCAUUGAACUUCAGUUUUUUGCACUUUUAGACUGCACAGAAUGCACAUACAGCAAACACAUCUGUUGCUUAUGUUGCUGCAUCUUUAUUAAGGGUAAGAGAUUGUGUUUAGCCCACUAUACAACAUCCUGUGUACUAUACAGUUGCAGAUAGUGGCUAAAAUCCUAUCUAAACUUUCCAGUAAAAUUUUUAGUUCAAAAAAACUUUUUAUUGUUCUCACACUUUUUGUUAAAAUCUAUGUUAUGAAGACGAGCUGUUGUCUUCUCUCUGAUGAUGAUGAAAUGCAUGCUGUAUGGAUCUGAGGAGGCUUUUGACUUUUUUUUUCUGUCUUCGUCCAUCCUCAUUCAGAUGCCAAACAACAGUGAUGCAAUAAAUAAUUAUUAAAUAUGAA